AUGGUACUUCUAGCAAAAAAGAAGACCUAUAUCUGUCUACAUGUGCUAAAUACUAUUAUACUCACAGCCAUUUCGGCAAUCCAUGAGAAAAGGUCCUCUCUUAGGAACUUACAAGACAAAAUAGAAGUAAGAAAGUCAAUAAUCGACCAGAAGGUGUAUACAAAACUUUUUACUAAAAUUGCAGAAGGAAACUACAUAGUCGUCCAAAGAGAUAGCAAGCUUUUAAAAUAUCUUGGGAACACUAAUCCUCUUUCAGAUCUCUAUUUAAUCGGGAAAUAUGGGAUUCCAAAACAUAUUUCUUUGGAGGACAUUCCUUAUCUUGAAACUGAAGCUCGAUACUUCUUUAUAGAAAUCAAAGAUAUUCCAAUCCACAGGAUAUUUGUGAAGCAGAACCUUCAUUCUUUUAUGUAUAUAAAGGGUUUUAAUCUUGGUCCAGACAAAGAUGAAAUCGACCAAAUGGUGAAGAUUUCCCAGGAAUGCUUGAGGGCUUUUGAUCGAAUAGGGAAUAUAGAAAUGGCUGCCAAAGACAUGAUAGUCAAAAUUCGUAAGGUAAACCCUUUCGAACUUUUCAUCAACCAUUCAGAAGGUUUCACCAUAAUGAAAUCAAUAUUCAACCACAGGAACGAGUUUCUGGAAGACUUGAAAGUUCACUUUGUAAAAUUCAUGAGCUCGAUCUUUUUUGGAAUGAAAACAUCCUCCUUCUGCGAUGCCUAUGUAAAGAGCAUUAUCAGCUAUUUGGAAAGGGAAAAUAUCCUUGCUAUAGCUCCGUCAAUCAAGGAAUAUCCAGAAUUAAUCCACCGCUUAUUUCCAUACAAAAUCAUCUCAACCUCACCUAAUAUUCUUCACGAGGAAUUGAUUGUGGGAGGAAUCUCCUUGGAUGGCAUUUUGCAAGAUAAGUAUCUAAGGGAGCUUUUUAAUCUUGGGAAGAUCAAGGAAAUAACAAGAGGAGGAAGCAGGUUUAUAUUUACAGGCCAUAUAUCCAUUGACAACCAAAAAGGAAAAUACAACGUUAGUUUCGUAUAG